AUGGACGCCACAUGGCAAUCCUCUAUCGACCGGACGCUGCGCUCCACGGAGGCGACGCUUGAGCAGCUGCAGCAUCGUCGUGACAGCUACGAUCGCGCAAAGCGCCGAGUCGACGACUACCUUGGUGCGACACCGAACCGCCACGACGGCCAACCCGCUCUAGAUGUGUUCGAUCAUGAUUUGAGUCUACCACCGCCCUUGCCACAGCACCUCCGUUACCGUGCCGCGCGCGUGGCAGGCCCGUCUCCGCCAACGCCGACCUCACUGGAUCCAUCGACCCCCGCGCGGCGGUCACGCUUGCUGUCGUCGGCAGCCGGCUGCGCGAAUCCGCGGCCAACUGGCCCGUCGUCGUCACCGCUACAGCUCGUACAUGCGCAGGUGCGAGGCGCGCUGUUGGAACUGGAGCUGGAGAAGGCGAAGCGGGCCGACAGCGUCCGUGCGCUGGCUCACCGCACCACCGCCGAGCUCUCGGAAAUGCGCAGUCUCAUCACGCGGCUCCAGACGGAGAACGAGGCGCUGACGAAGUCUGUGCGCGCGCUGGAGGGGCGACUCGGGUAUGGGGGCAAGUCUGACUGUCAGCACAAGAGCGUAGAAAGCAGUGCAGCCACGGCUGCGGAUGGCGCGACCUCCAUAUCCGUGUCUGGUGCAUUUGCCCGGCCAACGCAUGACGCAACGAUGCCUGCCGGUGCCGCGGCGUCGCUCGCGGCCCGCGUGGAAGCACUCGAGGCAGGCCUCGCGCGGCAGCAGCAGCAGGCAGAGGACCGGCAGACACACGUGGCAAGCGUGCUGCGCGAGCUGGUAAAGGCGGAGGUGGGCUCCGAGGUGUCGCAGGUGCGCGCGUUGGCACGGGAAACAGCCCGCGAUAGCGCGGAAAACUUGCUGAAGCUGCGGCUCUCUGCCCUGCAGUCAAGCACCCAAGCGGAUCUCCAGAAGGCGCUGCAUAUCGCAUCGGCAAGCGAAACCGUGGCCCAGCAUGCACAGCAGCAGUGCCGCGAAGCAGAGCAACGACUAUCCUCCCACAUCCACAAGCUACAGGCACAGUUGUCAGAGUGGCAACGCACGUAUAGCAGCGAUGCGUCUGGCAGUGCCGCCGUCGCUGCGUUGGUGUCAAGUCAGCAGGAGCAGGAGCGUAUUGCCACGGUGGAUCGCCGCAUUGCUGAGCAGCUGCGCGGCGUGCAAAGGCAGCUGCAGGAGUACCGUGCCGACGUUGAGGCGCAAGUGGACCGGCUGGCACAGCAGCACAAAGUACUCUGCGGCGUGGUGCAAGGGAAGGCGGAUGCAGGUGAGUUGCUCGCGGUGCGCGAGCAAGUAGAGGAGCAGGAGAGAGGUGGCAGCAGCGAGUGGAUGUCGCGUGAUCAGGUGACCGCUCUGCUGCGGACGCAGCUGCAGCCCCUCCACGAUGAAGUGCGCAAGGCACAGACCAUGGCGCAAGAGAACCUUGGCGGCGCAGAUGCGUGGCGACAGCAAGCUGCGAUGCGCUUGGCGGCAGUCGAAGCCAGCAUGAAGGCGCAAUCAGUGGAAACGCCGCAGGAUCAGCAAUGGCAAAGCUGCGCGCGUGACAUACAGCAGUUGCGGACAGACAUGAGCAGCGUCCAGCCCCGCGUCGCAGAGGCAGUGCAACAAGCCAAGGCGGAGCUGGCGGAUGUCUGGGAUGCCAAGGUGAGGCUACUGGAGGAGCGCACGCAGCAGAUGCACCGAGAACGUCAGCAGCAGACCGACACACAGCUCCGCCAGCUGCAGCAGACACUGGCGGAACAGCAGGAGGCGCUGCAGCGAGCUCGCGUGGUAGGGGAGUCCGCGGAUGAGCGUCUACGGCGGACGGAGGCGGCACUCGCUUCGGUUGAGGCAACCCUGCCACCCGCGGUGGAAGGCGUUCGGGCCAGGUGCGAGGCGCUGCAGGGACUCAUUCAGCAGACGUGCGUACUUCCGCUGACCCGGGUGCAGCAGGACAUCGAGGAAGCGCAGCGCAAGCUGCAGACGGCGGAGGAAGACCGGAUACGGCUGAACAGCAGCUGGGCGCAGCAGCUGGCGGAAGCGAGGCAGUACCACGAAGAACGCGCCCGGCACACCCGGGAGGUGCUCGAGCAGCGGCUCACUCACCACAAAGAGCUCUUUGAGGAACUCAGGACACAACAGACCCUGCAGCGGCGUGCCGCGGAGGAGCAGCAUCAGCAACUCAUGGACCGUGUCCGGCAAGUUCAACAGCAACAGUAUAGGGCGUCGAACGUGGUGGCGCUGACGCCUGUGCGCGAGCCGCCUGCAGAGGGGGGGAGCAUUCCUGCGCUGGCGACAGCGGCGCCGAUCACCAUGGUCGGCACUUCAGGCCCGGAGGAGGGCCAGCACAGCCUGCAACUGCUAGCCAGCCGCCUUCAGGUUCUCGACAACCGCCUCGAGGCAGUGGAGGAGACGUGCGCUAAGGUGCCCUUCACUAUCGCUGACGCAAUAACGUCGGUCACAAAACGUCUGGAAGGGCUGCAGAAUCGCAUGCACGCCGAGGCAGACGACGAGAGGAAGCGGCACGAUACGCUAAAGCAUGACAUGGAACUGCAGCUGGGUGCGGUGUCGAGGACGUGUUCCGAAAUGGCAGCGUCCAUCGACGCCCAGUCGGCACGCACGGCGCGUCAAGUGGAAGAGCUCCUUUCCCCGCUGCAACUUAUCACGCACCUUGCAGCCAACGAGUCGUGUCUUCAGCACCUCGCGCGUCGUCUGCGAGACCACCUGGAGUUGGCGCCCGAGAACACAGCUGCUUUGGCUGACGUGCGAGCUCACUUUGUGGGACAGGCAAAGACGCUGGAGGUGUUGCAGGCAUCGAUGCAAGACACGCAGCAGAGGCUCACCGAGCUCAGUGAGAUGCGCCUUGCAGAUCAAACGCCUGCCGCCGUUCCUCCUUCAAGCUCAGAGAUGGAGUCUGCUGCGGCUGCACGAGAGGAGAUGCUAAAUGUCGUUCGGAGCCUACAGAUAGCGCUUGAGGAGCAGCGUGAGCGUCAGGAGGACCUCGAAAAAGGCCUGCGUCACGUCACGGCGCAGCAGCUCACCACCAUCACCACGGAGCUGGCUGAGCUCAAGAGGGAAACAGACAGCGUCCCGCUGGAGCUCGCCAAGCUUGCCGAAAAGUGCAGCGCCCUCCAAUCGGUGCAGCGGCAGCAGCUGCCGACGCUGCAGACGUACGUGCAGGAUGUCGUCGAUGUGGUCGAGUCGAACCAGUCGGCGCAGCUGGACCCGAUCCAGCGGCGGCUGCGUGCCGUCGAGGAUCGCCACAAACAUCUGCAGGCGCGAGUGGAGGAGGUCAGCGCAAGCCACGAGGCGGAUGCGACGCAGAAGGUGCAAGAUCUGCACAGGAAGUUGGACCAGCAGCAGAUGGUGUACAAAGCUGUUGAGGAGCAGCUGGCAGGUUUGCGCAACGACGUGGCAGCCACACGUGCGGACGUCGACUCUCUGACGCAGCGCAUGGCUGCCACAGAGCAGGUGGGGGAGCGCGCGACAGACCUGCACAUCGUCGCGUCACUCGCCAACGCUGACGAAACCGCCGCAGCGGAAACGGACGAAGCGCUCGUGGUACCCGAUGCUGUGGCGGAGCUGCGCUUGUACAUGGAGGACAUCGAUAAACGGCUCGCCCAACUGGAGGAGCAGGCGCACAGCUCGGUGUCUGUGACGGCAGAGAUGUUGGGGGCGUUUCGCGAUCAACUACAACAUGUCGUUGGCCGCUUUGCGGCAGCCGCCGCGCAGUUUACCGGAAGUGCCGAGGGCAACGGAGCGAGCGAGGCGGAGAAGGGUGAUGCCGCAGCGACGGAGGCAGCGGUGGCGGCCACGAAAGGCGUUUCUUGCUCCAUACAGCCACCCAUACACAGCCUUGAGGACGUUCUCUUAUUCCUUCUUCACCAACUCCACCAGUUUCAGCACGCGCUGCGGCAGCUGCAGUCGAACACAGUGGAUACGCUGGAGAUACUCGAACAACAUGAGGAGAGUGUCGCGCCGCUACCAAUGCUCCAGCACACUGUCGAUGUGAUGGCCGCCACCCUUCUGCCACUCGCGGAGCGGCUCGGUGUGGACGCUGCUGCCGUCCGCGCUGUCUCGGCGCAGCCGCAGCACCGCCACCAUCACCAUGUCUCGCUAUUCCCGCCCUCGCGCAGCAGCAGCAGUAGCGGCAGCAGUGCGCCUGAGAAGUGUGAGUGGGUCCGAGGGUGA